AUGCCCACGACUAUGCCAAUGACCACACCGGAGCUCAUGCUCGACGCACUCGACGUGUCCGAAGCGGGUCCCUCAGCAGCCGACGACGAGCCGGAACUUGUUGUUGUCGUGUUUACCAUACCAUCAGGUGUCGGCAGCCCCGCGGAAGGUACUGCUGGCGACGACGGGGUCGAACCUGUUGGCGCAGCUGACGGAGGCGUACCUGGAGGAGGCGCAGUCGGAGACUCGGUGGGUGGAGCAGGUGGUGUUCCUUCGGACGGAUUCGUCGAGCUCGUUGCGUCCGGCACAGACGGAGCCGGUGCUUCUUCUGACGACGGCGCGUCGGGCGCGUUGGGUGUCGUCGCCGGUGGCGUCGGUGUACUUGCGGGAGGAGUGUCCGGAGUAGUAGGCGGCGACGGCGCUUCCGGUGUUGUAGGGGUACUGGGAGGGGUACUGGGAGGGGUACUGGGAGGGGUACUGGGAGGGGUACUGGGAGGGGUACUGGGAGGGGUACUCGUAGGGGUACUCGGAGGGGUACUGGGAGGGGUACUGGGCGUUGGCGACGGCGGCACGUCUGGUGGUGGGGUACUCGGCUGCUCUGGUGAGGGCGUCGGAGUUGAGCUCGGCGAGCUGUCGGUCGGUGUGGACGGCGGCCCCUGCGACGGAGUGGACGCAGGAGUACUGGGGCCGGAUUCGCUACCCGCACUGCCAUUGAGCUGCAAGUAUCGCUACCGCGUCCUGUGCGUGGGACGUGGGGGUCACGCACCCAGCGAGGACGGCCGAGACGAGUACGAGCGCGAGUUUCAUGGCCCCACUUACUUGUUCGAGCGCGAGCGAGUGCGUGCAGUGUAUUGCACGGAGUGUGGUGCGGCAGACGGCGUCGAACAAAUUGACGAUCGCGUGGUUGCGAGACGGCGAGCAGAGGUGGAGGAGGAGGCACGAACGGCCGAGGAAUGUGGGAAUGGGAGACGUGGCUUUUCCCUCGCGUGA